GCCCCUUGCCUGGGUGUGUGUGUCUGUGUGGUCGCGCCUGAGAGUCGAACGCAGUCUCACACUGAGUUCCAGCGCUCAGUUGUCCCACGGUAGCGCCCCUUUCAACUGCAGCUCGGUGACCCUCGCUCCCCGCACAGGUUGUGUUGUGAAGACGCCAUGGAAUCUGGGACAAAGCGACUGAAAGAGAAGAUCAAGGAGAAGCUGCCAGUGACGGGGCCACAAGCAGCAAGCAUCUACGAGCUGGCACGGUGGUACUGCUACAACACCAACACCCACGGCUGCCGCAGGAUUGUGGUGUCAAAAGGCCGGCUGCGCCGGGCAAUCUGGCUGAUCCUGACUUUAGGCGCCGUGGGUAUCAUAUUUUGGCAGUGUGCUCUCCUCAUCACUUCCUACUACACUGCUUCUGUCACCAUCACCGUCCAGUUCCAGGAGAUUACCUUCCCUGCCAUCACCAUCUGCAACAUGAACCCAUACAGAUACAAUGCAACAAGACAUCUCUUUGAGAAACUGGACCAGGAGACUCAGAUUGCCAUCAAGGAACUUUACCACUUCCCCAAUAGUUCCAGCCAGUCGCGAACUCAGCGAGACACAAUCGAAGACCAAGGGGACCUAUUUUCCCACAGCAUCCCGCUGCUGCGAGUUGAAGUGGGCCAGGGUUACACCAUCUUGUCCGACCUCAUCACCAGGAGGCAACACAGGGUCAACGAGACCUUCCGAACCCGAUCCUUCGGGGGCAGCCACGCCUUGAAACGAAGCAAAGUGAUCGGCUUCAAGCUGUGUGAGAAAAAACACGAUGACUCCACCUGUGACAUCUACACAUUCAACUCGGGCACAACUGCCAUCCAGGAAUGGUACCGGCUCCACUACCUCAACAUUAUGGCGCAGGUGCCCGAACAAACCAAACUGCAAAUGGGUUACUCUGCUGAUGACCUUAUAUUGUCCUGUUCGUUCGGGGGAAGACCCUGCGAUUCAAGGAACUUUAGCCUAAUGCAUCAUCCGCUGCAUGGAAACUGCUUCACAUUCAACAGUGGGAAAAGCAGCAGUGCUCUGCGGACCAAAACCGGAGGCAGUGAAAACGGCCUGAAGAUGACUCUGCACGUGGAUGAGGAUGAGUAUAAUCCAUAUCUCGCCACUUCAAUGGGAGCCAAAAUUGUCAUUCAUGAUCAGAACGAACAACCCUUCAUUGAAGAUGUGGGGACUGAGAUUCAGACAGAAACCCAGACGGACAUGGGCCUUGACUUGACUGUAUUGCAAAGACUGGGUAGUCCAUACAGUGACUGUACAACAGACGGGCUCAAUUUGCCUGUGGCAAACCUCUACAACAAGACAUACUCUUUGCAGAUGUGUCUGCACUCAUGCUUUCAGAUGGAAAUGGUUCGAUACUGUGGGUGUGCCCACUACGAGAAGCCACUACCUGCAAAAGCAGAGUACUGCGACUACACGAAGUUUCCAGGCUGGAUUUCCUGCUAUUACAGACUGCGCAAUCAAUUUAUUCAAGAACAACUGGUUUGCCAGAAGGUUUGCCGACCUGCCUGUCAUUCCAAGGAAUGGACAAUGACUCUCAGCGUUGCACAGUGGCCCUCAUCACCAUCUGAGGAGUGGAUCCUCCAUCUUCUGAACUGGGAAAGGAGGGUCAAUGGAAACAGAAUACUAAGAAAGAAUGAGUUAGCCAAUCUGGCCAUCUUCUACAGAAGCCUCAAUCUGAGGAACAUAACUGAGACACCUGAAAAUAAUAUUGUCACCUUACUCUCAAACUUUGGAGGGCAACUGGGACUCUGGAUGAGCUGCUCUGUUGUUUGUAUUAUCGAGAUCAUAGAGGUGUUCUUCAUCGACAUGUUCCUGAUCAGCGCACGGAAAGGCAUCCAGACGGCACGUAAGUGGUGGUGGAGGGAGGUGGAAGAGGAUGGACCAUCAACAGCCAGUAGCGGAGCUCAUGGAUCACCAGUCUUCAUCAAUGAUGAAGACCCCCCAACUUUCAACACUGCCCUGCAGCUGCCUCGUGCUCAUGCAUCAGCCAUGCUGCCUCCCACCUAUGAAACACUACGGAUGCGUGCAGACUUCUUCCCAGACACACCUACUUUGAGGUCCUGCAGUCACUGAGUGCAGUAUAACAUGGAUGUCUGAGGAUGUCGUUAGUCUGGCGGUAGAACAGGACAGUGCAGGGAGAAGUGAAGCAGCACAGAAGGGUGAAGCAAGUUCAUUGUCAGCAAGUUUGAAUAACCCAGCGACUCAGAGUAAAUGCUAAAAACUACACCAUCUCAUCUUUGUGACCCUAUCAGUAACAAAUGCUAUUUCAAAUCUUUGGCAAAUGCAUUAAAGUAUUCUCUGUCCAAACAGAGCUAGUUCAAUCAGAGCAAAACAAGUUCUUUCCUAUUUGACUCUAACUUGUAAAAAUAAACUCACAGAUUUGAUAUCCUGUUUUGUGAA